AUGGCUCAUGCAAACGUAAGCAGUAAAUGCAGUGAUAGUCUGCUAAAGGUAAAGCCGUUUCUGAAUGCCUAUGAUACGAUAGCAGAGCAAAAGCGAUUAUUCUACGCGUCUUAUUCAUCUGGUGAUGUCAAAUACAUUAGAAGCAGGGAUCAAGACCGUUGGCACUUCCGAUUCAGGACGUGCAUCACAUCAUCUGCCGAGGGUACAGCAACACCCUCAGAACAUCCAUUAGUGUUUUGUGUUGGUCGGGACAAAUUGAAACAAAUCGGUAUUUGCAUACCAACGACUUGUUAUGAUGAUCAUUCCUAUGUCAUUAAAUGUUCAGAUGGAUCCUCUUUCACUUCAUACAUUUACUUCAAUCAGUUUACAGUGGAUUANCGAAUCGAUGACAAUAACCGAAAGAGUUCUAUCGAUAACGAUACAAUAGCAGUGACACAUUGUACCAGAUCAAGACAUCCAAAAGAAUGGUUUCAAUCAUUUUCGGUCGUUUUUGAAACAUCCGUUGGCUUCGGAAUCAUUCUAACUGCUGGACUAGCGACAGCUUAUCAUCUUGUCAGGGGCGAUAAACACAUCGAUUCCUGUAAGUCCACUAUCAACAGAAUUGAUGUGACGUUCUCAAAAUCAUCAUUGAAGGAUUUCAUCGAGAAUGGCGACGAUCUGAAAGAGCAUAUUGCGACGAGUUAUGCCUAUCAACCGAUGACAAACGCCGCGAUCAGUGUUGAGAUGUUUUUCGUGAUUGGUGCAGUAUUGUGUUCAUAUCAUUGGUUCAGAAGCAUUGCUAAACCAGGUGCCUAUGUACCAACGUUGAAAUCCUGGAAAUAUUGGCUCGGAUUCUACAGACAUCGUGUAUUGAGAUUAUGGCCUGCGUACGCUUACAUUCUAAUACUAUCCACUAUGCGGUUUCCGUUCAUGCGUUAUCAUGAAAACUAUCCGGUGUGGGGACCGGAUGAUUACGGUGUAAUGUGCUCGAAGCAUUGGUGGGAGAAUCUCUUGUUCAUAAACAGUUUUACGGAUGGUUACUGUCUGCCUUGGACAUGGUAUAUCAGUACAGAAUUUGUAUUCUUUUUUGUGUCACCCUUAUAUCUGUUGGCAUUAAAAUACAGACCACGACUUGGUGUAUUUGUUUCGUUACUCACGAUAAUCACUUCAACGACUGCACUAACACUACAAACGAUUCGCUACAAUUUUCCACCAACUCAAACACUCUAUCUCACACCGCACAAUUACAAUGAACAUACCGAAAUGUAUCAGAAAUUCAUCUAUGUGAAACCGCAAUAUCGAAUCAGCUCUUAUCUGAUCGGUUUGUUGACCGGUUAUAUUCUCGCGUUGUGCAGUAUGGAAACAAAAAGAGACGAUCAAAAACAAACUAUAACAGAAUCGAAAAGCUUACAAUUAUUUGGUUGGAUUUUAUGUAUGCUAGCUUUGUUAUGGUCUACCUAUGGAAUGGCACCAUGCUUUCAGAAUGAAUACAGUCAAUUCUAUCGUGUCAUAUACACCGCAUUCCAUCGAAUAGUGUUUUCACUGGCAAUAUGCUGGACUAUUUACGCGUGCCAUAAAGGAUUCGGUGGUUUCCUCAACACUUUUCUUAGUUCAAAAUUUUUUGUACCACAUUCAGCUUUAUGCUAUACGUUUUACUUGAUACAUUUGUUUCCAAUAUUCACUAUCUUGAUGAGCUCAUCAUUCCCGAUAAAGUACGAUGGUUUCACAACGGUGCUGAGUUAUUACUGGAAAAUCGUUUUAUUAUGUUAUUCAGUAUCAAUGGCGAUUAUGUUCAUCAUUGAAAUGCCUGCUCUUCAUAUCGUUAGGAUAUUUUUCGGGAAUGCAAAAGCAGAACCGAAAAGCGAAACGAUUCGUCAUGAGAAGAAUGGCAUCAAGAAGAUCGAAUCAUUUUCAAGUAAAACUUCCGAUGUUCAUUAG